UCUUUCAAUAAAAUAAAACACGACGUCUUCCCUUAUAACCUUUCUUUCUUGUCUUGCAUAACCAUAACAACUCCACUUCGUUUCUCAAACGAAUCAUAGUUCAAAGAAGAACAUAGAAGCAUAGUGUUUCGCUUUGUUUGUAACGUUAGUUUAUUUUGUCUUGUUGCGGUUGUUUUGAAGGGUUUAUAAGUGUAUGGUAUAUAUUUUGGUUUUAAGACAAAGAGAAAGGGGAGAAAGUCUUGGGGUGGAAGAAGAGGAAAAUGGGGUUUGUUUUCUCUGUAUUUAAGAUGGUUUGUGUACUUCUUCUGGGCUUUUUGGCUUUGAAUUGCUUUACUGAGUUUGGAUCAAAUGCUCAACUUUUGCCUGAAACUGAAGUGCAAACUCUUCAAACUGUAUUUUCGAAGCUGCAGCAUCCAAAUGCUACUGGCAUCAGCCGAACCUUUUGCACUGAGCCUGGAUGGAACUAUACCAUUACUGAACUUACUGAAAGCCUUAUUGCGUGUAACUGUUCUGAUGGCAACAACACUGUCUGCCACGUCACUCAAAUUUUGAUAAAGGGUCACAAUAUGACUGGAGUUAUACCACCAGAAUUUGGAAACCUUACUCAUCUGGAAGUAAUUGAUCUCACUCGCAACUAUCUUAAUGGAUCGAUUCCAUCGAGUUUGUCUCGUCUACCUCUUGCCAACUUGUCACUUUUGGGGAACCGUCUUAGUGGUUCAAUUCCUCAGGAAAUUGGUGAUAUUUCUACACUUGAAGGACUGGUUUUGGAAGAUAAUCUGCUUGGGGGGUCUCUUCCAUCCAACCUAGGAAAUUUGGGCCGCUUGAAUAGACUUCUUCUUUCAGCAAACAAUUUUACAGGCACAAUUCCUGAAUCAUUUGGCAAUUUGAAGAACUUAACUGAUUUCCGGAUAGAUGGAAGUAGUUUGUCAGGGAAGAUACCUGAUUUUAUUGGGAAUUGGACCAAACUUACAAGAUUGGAUAUGCAAGGCACAUCAAUGGAAGGACCAAUUCCUUCUACUAUAUCUGAGUUAAAAAACUUAACCGAUUUGAGGAUAUCUGAUUUGAAAGGUUCAAGUUCAGCAUUCCCUAAUUUGGAGGGAAUGACAAAUAUGGACGAAUUGGUACUGCGAAAUUGCUUGCUUUCUGGUUCAAUCCCUGCCUAUAUAGGGGAAAUGAUAUCAUUGAAAACAUUGGACCUGAGCUUCAACCACCUAACUGGUCAAGUUCCAUCAACAUUGCAGAGUUUGACGAGGUUAAACUUCUUGUUUCUGACUAACAACUCAUUGAGUGGAGCAGUGCCAAAUUGGAUAUUACAAAGCGACAACAACAUAGAUUUGUCUUACAACAAUUUCACAACAGACUCAUCUCAAAUGAGUUGCCAACAGGCAAAUGUGAACUUAGUGUCCAGUUUCUCAUCCUCAGAUAGCAACUCAAUCUCUUGGUGCUUAAGGAAGGACCUUCCUUGUCCCAGAAAUCCCAACCACCAUUCCUUGUUUAUUAAUUGUGGAGGAGAGACGAUGAGUGUUGAUGGAGAUGACUAUGAAGAGGACCUAAGCAGAUUUGGUCCAUCAAACUAUUUUUCUUCAGCAAAUAAGUGGGCCUAUAGUAGUACAGGGGUUUUUUUGGGCAAAGAAGACGCCCCUUACAUUGCAAGAACUUCAUCUGCUGUGACUGGUCCAGACUACUAUAAAACUGCACGGCUUUCACCUCAAUCACUGAAGUACUAUGGCUUGUGUUUGAGACAAGGCAAUUAUAAAGUGCAACUUCACUUUGCUGAGAUAAUGUAUUCUGCUAAUGAGACAUUUGAGAGUCUUGGAAGGCGCAUAUUUGACGUAUCAAUUCAAGGGAAUGUGGUUUUGGAGAAUUUCAAUAUUAUGCAGGAAGCUGGUGGUGUGCGGAGGGGCAUCAGCAGGGAAUUCAAUGUUGAUGUAAAUGGAAGUACUCUGGAGAUUCACUUAUACUGGAGGGGGAAAGGAACCACUGCCAUUCCUGACAGAGGGGUCUAUGGACCACUUAUAUCUGCCAUUACAGUAACUCCCAACUUUAAGGUUGACACGGGGAAUGGGUUAUCAGCUGGAGCCAUUGCUGGUAUUGUGAUUGGUUCAUGUGUAAUUGUCAUCUUGCUAUUGAUCAUCCUCCGACUGAAAGGUUACUUGGGUGGCAAAAAUGCUGAAAACAAUGAACUUCAUGGGCUAGAUCUUCAAACUGGAUACUUCAGUUUAAGACAAAUGAAAGCUGCUACCAAUAAUUUUGAUGCUGCAAAUAAGAUUGGUGAAGGAGGAUUUGGGCCAGUUUACAAGGGUGUACUGUCAGAUGGUACAGUAAUUGCAGUUAAGCAGCUAUCCUCUAAAUCUAAGCAAGGAAAUCGUGAAUUUGUGAAUGAGAUAGGGAUGAUUUCUGCAUUGCAACACCCAAACCUUGUGAAGCUUUAUGGCUGUUGUAUUGAGGGAAAUCAGUUGUUGCUAAUAUAUGAGUACUUGGAAAACAACUGUCUUGCUCGUGCACUUUUUGGUCGUGAUGAACAGCGUCUUAACUUGGACUGGUCAACCAGAAGGAAAAUAUGCUUGGGAAUAGCAAGAGGUUUAGCUUAUCUUCAUGAGGAGUCAAGACUGAAAAUUGUUCACAGAGAUAUUAAGGCAACAAAUGUGCUGCUUGAUAAGGAUCUUAAUGCUAAGAUCUCUGACUUUGGAUUGGCCAAGCUUGAUGAAGAAGAGAACACUCAUAUCAGCACCAGGAUAGCUGGAACAAUAGGUUACAUGGCCCCUGAAUAUGCAAUGAGGGGUUACUUGACUGACAAAGCAGAUGUUUAUAGCUUUGGUGUUGUUCUUUUGGAGAUUGUCAGUGGGAAGAGCAACACAAAUUACAGGCCUAAGGAGGAGUUUGUUUACCUCCUUGAUUGGGCCUAUGUCCUGCAAGAGCAAGGAAACCUUUUAGAGCUAGUUGAUCCAAGUCUUGGUUCACACUACUCAAAAGAAGAGGCAUUAAGGAUGCUUAACUUGGCUCUUUUGUGCACCAAUCCAUCUCCCACUCUAAGGCCAUCCAUGUCUUCUGUUGUGAGUAUGAUGGAAGGCAAGAUUGCUGUUCAAGCUCCAAUAAUCAAGCGCAAGGAUGCAGACCAGGAUGCUCGGUUUAAAGCCUUUGAGAUGCUAUCACAUGACAGCCAAACGAAUGUCUCAAUAUUUUCUCAUGACAGUCAGGCCCCAAGAAGCACAUCUAUGGAUGGACCAUGGAUUGAUUCUUCAAUAUCUCUCCCAGAUGAGACUCGAGAACAUUCAUCAUCAAGUAUGCUUCUUAAAAAUCCUUGAGAACAAUAUUGAAUGAGUCGAUGCUCUAAAAUUCUUUUGCUUUUGACUUCUAGGAAGAUUCUUUGUAAAGGAAAGAUGUGAAGAAAAAUGUUUUGAUAUAAUGUGCAGAUGAAGAUGUUCAAAUUUCUUGUGUAAAGAAGAGUUAAUUGAAUGAGUGCAGAUUGUAUUGGAUUUACUACAUUAUUGUAAAGCUGCUUGUCCCCUACUUUUUGUUGUAGUGGCAGAGAACACAUGUUCACUAUUUGUUUGAAUGGAGCUAUAUACUUAGAAUUGGCACUACUGUUCUGGUUGA